AUGAAACUCAAUAGUGAUGGAAGCUGUAUAGAGGGGCAAUGUGGAGGGGAAGGACUGGUCAGAGAUCACAAUGGGAAAUUCAUUUUUGCCUACACUGUAAACAUGGGAACUGGCACAAGUAACAAUGCUGAAGCUGCUGCACUGCUAUAUGGUUUGGAGUGGUGUGCCAACAAAGGAUUUGGAAUAGUUUUGGGGGAGACUGGCUCUCUACUGCUUGCAAAGUGCAUUAAAAGGGAACAGAAACCACCCUGGAAGAUUUCCACAGAAGUAGAAGACAUUCAGAGGGUAGUUGAAGUUCAUGGAUUCAACAUCAGUCAUUGUUUUAGAGAAGCCAACAAACCUGCUGAUAAACUGGCUGACUUGAGUCACAGCACUGUUGGAAUCCAAACUUUCAACUCUUUUUCUGAGUUGCCUAGACAUGUUAGUGGCUUAAUAAACUUAGAUACUUGGAACAUGCCAAGCUUUAAGGUAAAACCUGUCAAGCCUGCUCUUUUUGUUUUUAAUCCACCUUAG